AUGAGGCCCCUGCUGCUGCUGCUCUGGGUGGCCGCGCUGGCCCCCAGCAGCCUCUUCGGGAAGCAGGAGACAGCAGUCCUCCCCAAGGUCUCCAUUGACUACCGAGUCCUGGAGGUCUUCCCCCGGGGCCGCCGGGUGCAGAUAACCUGCCAUGCGCCCAGGGUGCCCCCGCCCCUCACCUACUCCCUCUGGGGCAGCCAGGACGUCGAAGUGACCAAGAAGGUGGUGAACACCCACGGCCCAGCCUCCUUCGGUGUCAACGUCACGUUCAAGUCCAGGCCAGACCUGCUCACCUAUACCUGCCAGGUGGCCACCCCCUGGGGCAUGCAGGCAGCCAGCACCAAGCUGCAGAUGUACUGGGAGCUGUGGGCCAAGCCCGUGUCCCAGGUGCGAGCUGACUUCACCCUGCUGGACGGAGGGUCAGGCCCGAGGGUGGAGGUGUCCUGCCAGGUGUCCUCGGGCAGCCCGCCCAUCACCUACAGCCUGGUCAGCAAGGACGGGCGCGUCCACAUGCAGCAGAGGCCGCCCCAUGGGCAGCCGGCCAACUUCUCCUUCCCGCUGACCCAGGCGUCCGACUGGCUCCAGUGCCAGGCCUCCAAUAACGUCAGUGCCCAGAGCAGCCCCCUCACCCUGGUGCCCCCAGGACAGCUGCCCAAGGGACCCACCUUCGUGCUGGCUGCCAGCCUCAGCUCCAUCACAGCUAUCACCUCCGGGAUGCUGGGCUGGACCGCAUGGACCAGGUAG